AUGUCUCUGCACUAUCUCCCCCCCGUCAAGCCCUCUGCCAUCGCCCUCGGCACGGCCUUCAACCACGGCAUUGAGCUCGCCGUCCUCGCUCCCAUCUUCGGCCAGACCUACCAGCGCGCCAAGGCUGCCAACACCAAGGAGGAGUUCAUCCGCUCCAAGGAGGCUUCCGGUGCUGCUCUCGCCUGGGGCUCUUCCCUCAUCGGCUCUGCUCUUCAGUCUUAUGGUGUCGGUGCUCUCAUCAACGCCACUGGUACUCUGAGCUACAAGGGCGCUGCUUAUCUCGGAUCCCUCAUCUUCUUCGCUACCUCUGCUCCCGGCUACAUUGCUCAGAUCUUCGUUGAGAAGCGACCUCUCGACACCGUCGGCGUCAGCCUGGCUACCAAGCUCGUUGAGACCCUUGGUCUCUCCGUCUUCCUCACCUGGUGGGGAACCCGAACCAACCCUUUUGAGUAA